AUGAGUGGUAAACUUCAAAGUUUAAGGUCAACCAACUUAACUAAAACCAAUCUACUUAAACUUAAAAUCAUCAUUCAUCAUUCACCACUUGAACUUGUAACAAGGAACCAAGAACAAACAACAAACAACGAACAAGCCAACUACUAUCAAAGAACAAACUAUCAAACUACCUACACUCAUCAUGGAGCUGAUGAAGGAUGGCUCAGUGCAGAAGUACAAGAUAAAGAGAUCGCUACUUCAGGUUCAGUGAAAUUGGUCUUUAUAGAUGCUCAUGGAAAAGAACGUGUCGUGACUACCACCAUUGAUGCCGUCAAAAAAACUAGAGGCUCAGAUCUACCUCCAUUACGUAACCCUCCUUUACUCGAAGCUACAGAGGAUCUCACCAAUUUAUCUUAUUUAAAUGAACCUGCAGUGCUUCAUACUAUUCGAACUAGGUAUACAACAGCUCGACAGAUUUACACCUAUUCUGGAAUUGUCUUAGUAGCGGUCAACCCAUUCAUAGCAGUUCCACUUUAUUCAUCCGAUAUUGUACAAGCAUAUGCAGGAAGGAAGAAAGGUGAUCUCGAACCUCAUCUCUUUGCCAUUGCUGAAGAUGCCUAUCGAUGUAUGAUUCGAGAUCGUAGAGAUCAAACUGUGAUUGUCUCGGGUGAAUCUGGUGCUGGUAAAACCGUUUCUGCCAAGUAUAUCAUGAGGUAUUUUGCUACUGUGGAUGAUCCUGAUCGUCCUGAAAAACGAAAGCCAAAAGGAGCCGAUGGAUCAGGCAUGACUGAAGUUGAAGAACAAAUUCUAGCCACCAAUCCGAUCAUGGAAGCUUUCGGAAACGCAAAGACCACCAGGAACGAUAACUCAUCUCGAUUUGGGAAAUAUAUCGAAAUCUUGUUUGAUUCUGAACAAACAAUCGUAGGAGCCAAGAUUCGAACAUAUCUACUUGAAAGAUCUCGUUUAGUUUACCAACCUGAAACUGAAAGGAAUUAUCACAUCUUUUAUCAAUUGAUUGCUGGUACCCCUCAAGCCGAACGAAAACAACUUGGAUUAGAUUCGAUUAGCAAAUUUCAUUAUCUUAAUCAAGGUGGAGCUAGCGCAGAGAAAAUCAAUAGUGUAGACGAUAAGAAAGAGUUUGCUUUAACACAAGAUGCCCUUAGUACAGUAGGCAUUGGAAUGACUCAGCAAUGGGCCAUCUUUAAACUCUUGGCUGCGCUUCUACAUUUAGGAAAUAUUGAUAUCAAAGCUAGUCGAACGGAUGCAGCUAUGGCUGAUGACGAUCCAAGUUUAAUCCUAGCUUGUAGCUUAUUAGAGAUUGAUCCAAAUGAGUUCAAAAAAUGGACAAUCAAAAAACAAAUCGUCACUCGAUCUGAGAAGAUUGUUACUUCGCUCAAUUCGACUGCUGCGAUCAGUGUCAGGGAUUCAGUGGCAAAAUACAUUUAUAGUAGCUUAUUCGAAUGGCUCGUAUCAGUAGUCAAUGGUAGUCUAUAUAACACUGAGUUGGACGAUAGGGUGGCAAGUUUUAUCGGUGUGCUUGAUAUUUACGGAUUCGAGUUUUUCAAAACAAACUCAUUCGAACAAUUCUGUAUCAACUACACCAACGAGAAACUACAAGCUGAAUUCAAUGCACACGUCUUCAAAUUAGAACAAGAAGAAUAUAUACAUGAAAAGAUAGAUUGGAAGUUUAUCGAAUUCUCAGAUAAUCAACCUACAAUCGAUCUCAUUGAAGGUAAAUUAGGAAUCUUAUCAUUAUUAGAUGAAGAAUCAAGAUUACCAUCGGGUUCAGAUAAUUCAUUUGUACAAAAACUUUAUACUCAACUUUCGAAACCUGAACAUGCCAAAGUUUUCAAGAAACCUAAAUUCGGCACAUCAGCUUUUACAAUUGCUCAUUAUGCAUUAGAUGUUACUUAUGAAGGUGAAGGGUUCUUAGAAAAGAAUAAAGAUUCAGUACCGGAUGAGCAUUUGACUUUACUUUUUGCUACUCAAAAUACUUUCUUGAAGGAUAUUUUGGAAAAAGCUCAAGAGAUUCGUAAUUCACCUAAUGCAGCUGCUACUAAUACUCAUAAAUCAGUUACCACCAAUUCUAGCGCUGGCGUAGAGACUGUCACUUCUCCUAUGUCACCUUCUAGUUCAACUAUCUCAAGUAAACGUGCUAGUCUUUUUGAUGGACCUGCUUCAUCCAUGGUGUCAAAACGGACAAGUGUGUCAACAGCCGCAAGUAGUGUAGUUCCCUCACCUCGAAACACUGCUACUGGACCUUUGAAACGGACCAUGGGCGGUGGCGGUGUCGGAGGUGGUACUACCAAGAAACCUACCUUGGGAUCGAUCUUUAAACAUUCAUUGAUUGCUUUAAUGGAGACCAUCGAUUCUACUAAUGCCCAUUAUAUUCGUUGUAUUAAACCAAAUGAAGCUAAACGUGCUUGGGAAUUUGACCCUCCUAUGGUCUUGGGUCAACUUCGAGCUUGUGGUGUUUUGGAGACCAUCAAAAUCAGUGCUGCUGGGUAUCCUACACGAUGGACAUUUGAAGAUUUUGCUGAACGGUACUAUAUGUUGGUCAACUCGAAAUCAUGGAAAAAUGAAGUUAAAGCGAUCUGUUCGAGUAUCUUAUCAAACACCAUCAAAGAAGAAAACAAAUAUCAAGUAGGAUUAACUAAAUUAUUCUUUAGAGCAGGAAUGUUAGCAUAUCUAGAACAAGUGAGAACCGAUCGAAUCAAUUUCUUAGUGACUUUAAUGCAAAAGAAUUUCAUGAGAACGUAUUAUCAAAUGAGGUAUAAACGAUUAAAAGCAAGUGUGAUUGGAGUUCAAACCAUUUGGAGAUCGAUUAUGGCUAAAAGAGAAAAAGAAAGGAUGAGAAAGGAAAGAGCUAUUGGGAUUAUUCAGAGGCAAAUCAGGUGUUAUUUAGGACGUCAAAGGUUUCUUAGGACUCGAACUUUUGUUAUUCAAUUACAAUCUCGUGCACGUGGAAUUAAGAUUCGAUCGACUUUUGUAAACCAAAAGACAUUUAUCUCAGCCUCAAGAUUACAAGCAUUAUUCAGAGGUCAUUUAUCAAGAAGAGUGUUUAAAAAAGAAAUCAAAAAAGUGAUUUUGAUUCAAUCGAUUCAUAGAAAAAGAUUAGCAAGAAAAGAAUUAUUAGCAUUAAAACAAGAAGCUAAAUCAGUUGUACAUUUUAAAGAAGUUUCAUAUAAAUUAGAAAACAAAGUAGUCGAAUUAACUCAAACUUUACAAAAACGUACACAAGAAAAUAAAUCACUUCAAUCUAAAUUAAAUGAAUUACAAUUACAACUUGAAUCUUGGAUGUCUAAAUAUGAUGAAGUUGAUAAACAAACUAAAAGUUUAAAAAAUCAAAUUGAUAAUCGACCUACGAUUGAUUUACCAGAAUUCGUAGCUCUUGGUGAAGAAAAGAAGAAGACUGAAUCUCAAUUAGCCGAAUCUUUAAGAAAGAUUGAAGAACAAGAUAAGAUGAUUUCAAACUUGACGAUCGAGUUCGAAGCACAAGCAAAGGAGAUGGAAGAUCGACAAAAGUUAUUAGAUAGUAUGACAAGUAAUGGACUCAAUGCAGAUUCAACAUCUGUAUCAGGCAUGAGGCAAGAACUCUUGAGCUUACGAGAACAACUCAGUCGAGCUCUUAAUAGUCAAAAAGCACCAAGGGGUGAUCAUACUUUCCAUAUGGCUACUGGUCAGACUAGUCGAGAGGCCUUAGGAAAUGGGUUGAACAAUGGUAGUAUCACAGGAUCGCCUGGUUCUUUGGCUACAGGUAAGAGGAAAUUGAGGAGACAUAGCGCUGAUGAUUUAGGUGGUGAUGUGUUACCGACUGUACCUACCACUGCUGCCGGCAAUCUACUAGCCACACCUAACAGUCGAUUUGAUAAUCCAAGAGCGGUAUCAGUAGCCUAUGCACAAACACCUAAUGUUUAUCCAGAAGACGCAUUGGAAGAUACAUCUGAGAUCAUCAUGAGAUUAUUAGAAGAUGAAGAACCAUUAGAUGAAGAUGUAUUGGUAGGAUUGAUCAAGACGUUAAAAGUACCGACACCUUCAUUACAAAACCCACCUUCUUCAAAGGAAGUCUUAUUUCCGGCUCAUUUGAUCAGUUUAGUCACUAAUGAAAUGUGGAAGUAUGGAUUGAUGAGAGAAAGUGAAAGGUUCUUGGCUAAUGUGAUGCAAACCAUUCAACAACAUGUGAUGGGAUUCCAAGGUGAAGAAGCGAUAAUCCCAGGAAUCUUUUGGCUUUCGAAUGUACAUGAAGUUUUAUCAUUUGUUUGUAUUGCAGAAAGUGAUAUUUUACAAGGAAUCGGACCAGGAGUAGAUGGAGCAGGAAGAGAUUUUGAUUGGGAUGAUUAUGAAAGAUUAGUGACGAUCGUCAAACAUGAUUUAGAUUCAUUAGAAUAUAAUAUUUAUCAUACAUGGAUGCAAGAAACUAAAAAGAAAUUACAUAAGAUGGUAGUCCCAGCCUUAAUCGAAUCACAAUCUUUACCCGGUUUUGUUACUAAUGAUGGAGGAGGUAGAUUGUUUAACCGAUUAUUGUCAGGUAAUCAUCAACCUGCCUUUAAUAUGGAUGAUAUUUUGAAUUUAUUAAAUAAAGUUUGGAAAUCGUUAAAGAGUUAUUAUGUGGAACAUAGUGUGAUUCAUCAAGUGGUUACUGAAUUGUUGAAAUUGAUUGGGGUGACUUCUUUUAAUGAUUUAUUGAUGAGAAGGAAUUUUUGUUCUUGGAAACGUGCAAUGCAAAUUCAAUAUAACAUCACCAGACUUGAAGAAUGGUGUAAAUCACGUGAUAUGCCUGAAGGUACAUUGCAAUUAGAACAUCUCAUGCAAGCUACUAAACUUUUACAAUUGAAGAAAGCUACUAUUGCUGAUAUUGAUACAUGUUAUGAUGUUUGCUGGAUGUUAACACCAUCACAGAUUCAAAAAUUGAUUUUACAAUAUCAUGUAGCAGAUUACGAAAAUCCGAUCGCACCUGAGAUUCUAAAAGCUGUAGCAUCUAGAGUAAUGCCAAAUGAUAAGAAUGAUCAUUUGAUGUUACCACCUGAAGUAGAAGAAGCAGGUCCAUAUGAAGUUCCAUUACCUAGAGAAGUUAUGUCACUUGAUACUUAUUGUCCUGCUUGGUUAAAUGUUCCUCAUAUUAGAAGAUUAACACAAGUCGUGGCUUAAAAAUUUUUAAAGAAUUGGUAAUAUAUAUACAUAGAUUUUUCGAUUUCAACCAAAAAAAAUCAAAGUUUUUUUUUUUUUUUCUUUUACAUUAAAGUUGAAAACCUUUUUCUUUUCGAAAGUGGAUCCAAAUUGAAGAUUAUCAAUUUAAUAGAAGUCAAAAUUGGUAAAAGGAAGGAAAUAGAUUUUUUGGUUGAAGGAAAUUAUUAGAAGAUAUUUGAAAACUUGAUCCAUCAAAUUGAAAGAAAUGCUGGGUUGAUGGCACUGGUGAUAAUUUCUUAUGAUUGGUUUCCUUUGUUCUUUUGCAAUCACUUUUUUUUUCAUAAAUAAAUCAAAACCUACUGAAGAUGAAUCAAGAGUUUGGUUAACAAGUUUUUCUUUGUCCAAGUUUCUUUUAGCAUCUUGUUCUUAUGAGUCUCAUUUUCUCUUCUUUGUAAUCAUAUCUUCUUUUCAAAUUCUCACAUUUGAUCAACUCUGUUUUUUUUCCUUGAGAUGAUUUCUUCUUUUUUCACUUCUUCUUUUUCUUUAUUUUUCUAUUCAAAAUUCAUUUCAUUCUUCUAAAUCACGAAAAACAAUUGCAACAAAAAAUCAAUGAGUAAAUGAAUUUUAAUACUGAAAAAGUCUCUUUCG